AUGGCGAGCACAAGUGGAAAGGCCGAGAGAGGCGCGCAGAGGAAGAUUGAACUGUUCUCUGGAUCGUAUUUCGCUGCUUGCACAAUGGGCGGUAUUAUUGCUUGUGGUCCUACACAUACCAUGGUCACACCUCUAGAUCUUGUUAAAUGUCGUCGGCAAGUUGACGACAAACUCUAUAAAUCUAACACACAAGCUUGGCGGAUGAUUUACUCUAAAGAGGGUCUCCGCGGUGUCUUCUUUGGCUGGACACCCACUUUCGUCGGCUACUCGCUUCAGGGCGCCGGAAAGUACGGCUUCUACGAGGUCUUCAAGUACCUAUACGGUGACAAGCUUGCGCCGAAUGCCAAUAAAACAGUGGUCUACCUCGCUGCCUCCGCCUCCGCCGAGUUUUUGGCCGAUAUCGCGCUGUGCCCGCUCGAAGCCAUCAAGGUCCGCAUGCAGACUACGCUGCCGCCGUUUGCGCAUAGCUUGAGGGAAGGCUGGGGCAAGGUGGUAAGCCAGGAGGGCGUUGCUGGGCUGUACAAGGGAUUAUACCCUUUGUGGGGACGGCAGAUCCCAUAUACCAUGGUGAAGUUUACCACGUUUGAGAAGACGGUGGAGCAGAUCUACAAGUAUCUCGGAAAGCCAAAGGAGUCAUACAAUUCCUUGCAGCAGACUGGUGUCUCGUUCUUGGGCGGCUACAUCGCCGGUAUUGGAUGUGCGGUUAUCUCGCAUCCUGCAGAUGUCAUGGUUUCGAAGCUAAACUCUGACCGCAAAGCUGGUGAAGGCGCUGGUCAGGCGAUGACCAGAAUUUACGGAAAGAUUGGUUUCGCCGGUCUUUGGAACGGUCUGCCUGUUCGUAUCUUCAUGAUUGGUACUUUGACGGCAUUCCAGUGGCUCAUUUACGAUUCGUUCAAGGUUUACCUCGGCUUGCCCACAACUGGUGGCCACUAG